ACAAAGGCCAUCACAUAUCUUUCAAGACACAAACAGGACACUUUUUUGAUACUUCCAUUUCAAACUUGAGUGUCAGCAGAACACAGCAUGUUUUGAAUGCUUUAAUGCCGUCUUAAUUAUUUAUGCCUGCCGUAAGGAUUAAAUAUUGUUAUGUCACAUUAAGUUAAUUGGCAUAUGCAUACACAUUUUUUCAUUGUUAUUUUCACAAAAAGAUAUUUUUAAUGCAGAAUAUUAAUGGUGAGUAACUGUUUUUUCACCAGCUUUCCUGCAGUUAGAACACCACAUUAUUUAUAACAGAGUAUGGCCUGUUUGCUUGUAUUUUUGAGUGUGCAGUGUAACUAGCAAAACUUGUACUACUAACUGGGGAGAAUCAGGAAGACCUCUUCAUUUUGCAACAAGCUGCUUCUUCACCAUCUUCUUCUAUAUCACUAAGCCAAUACAGGACCUUAAAACACUUUGCUAGGAAAGAGUCAUGAGCAACAUCCUAUCCAGGACUAAAAGUUGGAAAUGAUGAUAUUCACUUUGUCAGUGGUAAUCCAGGAAAAAUAUCUGAAGCUGAGUCUAUAAUGAAGGAAAACAAUAUAAAGGUAAAAUAUAUGAAGUUCGAUCUACCAGAGUAUCAAGGCGAACCAGAUUUCAUUUCUGAAGCUAAAUGUAAAUGCGCAGCUUCAAUUGUCAAAGGACCAGUAAUAACAGAAGAUACCUCCCUUGCUUUUGAUGCUUUACAUGGACUUCCUGGGCCAUAUGUAAAAUGGUUUUUAGAUAAGCUUGGACCAGAUGGACUUUAUAAGCUGCUUUCUGGUUUUGAGGAUAAAUCUGCUUCAGCAAUAUGUACAUUGGCAUUUUCUGAAGGAUCGGAACAAACUGUCCAUUUAUUUCAUGGCAUUACUAGGGGCAAAAUAGUUGUCCCAAAAGGAAAUAAAGGCUUUGGAUGGGAUUCCUGUUUUCUCCCAGAAGGUAAAGAUAAAACUUAUGCUGAAUUAACCUUUGAAGAAAAGAAUACUAUUUCACACAGAAGAAAGGCUCUACUUUCCUUGAAGGAUUACUUAUUACAAAGAAACAAAUUAUUGAAAAAGGAAUCUUAAUUAUUAUUUAAUGGAUAUUUCUGUUUAGUAAAAAAACUGUUUGCCGUUGUA